UGUUAUAUAUUACGUUAGGAGCUUACAUUGGGUUUUGUCUGACAUUAUAUUACGUUUGACAGCAGUGGGCUAUAUUUUCAAACAAAAAAUAAACAACGCUUUCCCGGAAGUGCUUUGUGCUCGCGCCACGUCAGAACUACAGACUGUUGCAGCGCUGAAGAACAGCACUGAAGAACGCUGUCUGUCUGCACUUUCUCUUUGUUUUCACAAUGCUGUAUUUGGCAUUCACCUGUUUGCUGCUGUCGAAUGCAUUUGUGGUGUUUGGGGGGGAGCUCACAUUUGAACUGCCUGACAACGAUAAACAGUGUUUCUACGAGGAGCUGGAGAAAGACGUGAAGUUUGACAUAGACUUCCAAGUUAUUUCAGGGGGCAACUACGAUGUGGACUGCUUUGUCACCGAUCCUCGUGACAACGUCUUGUAUAAUGAGAAGAAGAAGCAGUAUGACAGCUUCUCUCACACCACAACUAUGAAGGGAGUCUACAAGGUUUGCUUCAGCAAUGAGUUCUCCACUUUUACACAUAAAGUAGUGUACCUGGACUUCCGCCAUGGGGAUGAGGAACCUCUCUUGGAAAGCAUGAAAAAAAGCACAGCACUGACUCAGCUGGAGUCGUCUUGUGUCGCCAUUCAUGAGAUCCUGAAAGGGGUGGCUGACUCGCAGACGUGGUACAGGCUGAGAGAGGCGCAGGACCGCACAAAAGCAGAGCACCUGCUGGAGCGUGUGACCUACUGGUCCAUCGGAGAAACCGUCCUGCUGUUUGUCAUCGGCAUCGGUCAAGUCAUGAUGCUCAAGAGCUUCUUCUCUGAGAAGAAAGGCUCAGUGGCAGCUACCACUUAGAACCCAUGGUGUCAGUGUGCCCUCAGAAACACAAGUGAAAGGUUGCUAAUGUGAACACAGAAAUGUAUCUGCAGAUUAUCGCAUACUGUUAGUAUUUUCAACAAAGCCUAUGGUAAAUGGAAAGUUCAAGGACUUUUUUUUUACAUUCCUGUCUGAUAAAACUUGAAUUCCUUUUUUACACAAGUUGUUUUGUUCAACAACUUUCUACUGAAAAGAAACACCACUCGUGUCUCUGUUUAAAAAUGCAGUUGACAUCUUUCAGCCUCUCAGAGAUUGUGAUGUUUUUAUAGAAGUGCAACAGAAGCCAUGCUUAGUUUGAUCUGCCUAUUAAGUUGCCCAGUUUGCCUUACAGUAGGAACUUUGUGGAUUUCCGUCUCCAUACCUGCAGCAACAGUUGUGGCACACAUAAAAACCAAAGAGAAAUUGUGCUUAAAUGUUUGUUUUAUUUGUUGUAUAGAAUCUGUUAUGUUUAUUGUUUCCUUAAUUUAUGUGUACAAAAUCAUUAUGGGCUAUAAGAGUACUGUCUCCCUUAUGUCGUUGUUCGUCUCAUACAGAGUGCCUUAGACAUGUUUUCCUCUUGCAAACCAAGUUAAAGUUUGUUUUAAUUUUAAUAUAUAUAAUCCCUUACAUAUACAUACAAUCACUGUUUUUGAUUGGAUUCUCAGUUUUCAUUCAUAUGCUUUACAUUUUUGUCAUUGGAAAGACACCAAGUGUAAUAGUUUUUUUUUUUUUUAGCACAAAAAGUUUCUUUGGCAAUAAAGAUUCAAUUUGAAGACAAAUUUACAAAAUCAGAAUUGUGUAAACUUGUCUGUGUAGAUUCUCAGUCAUCCAGGUCAUGAUAGUCUUAAGCAUUUGAAGUGAAGGUAAUUGGAUGUCUUUUUCAGGUUCCUGAAGGUGUUUCUCACCUCUCAGACAGUUCUUCAUUUCGUCUCACAUGAGAGGUGAAACAUCUUUAAGAACCUGAAGAGAUAUCCAGUUAUCUUUAACUCAAGCACUUAAGACUAAUCAUGUCAGUAAUUUUACAGACAUUGUCAGAUUAUAGAAUGGCUCUGAGUGCUGUAUUGCUUUUUCAAAUCCAGUGUUACACAAUAUUUAUUUUAUUUAAAAAAAAAAAAAAACCCUAAAGAUUUUAACUCUAACCGUCUUUAAUGCUAUAGGUCUCCAUUAUGUUUCUCAAGAUGAUCUGCUGGAACCCCCAGUCCUAAAGUCCUGCCACAUUAAAAAUGUUUUUUGCUGUUUGACUUAAAUAUUUGACCUUCAUUAUACAUAAUGCCAAACAGAAAUGUUACAAAUUAAAUAAAAAUCCAAGAUAAAGUGUCCCAGUGGAGUGUUUGGCCAUCACGUGCCAACCAAACAGCUUCUGUGCUUUUUAGCAUUAAAUUUCCAACCACUC